AUGUUCGAAAACCACACUCGGGUCAGCCAACACGAGGCUACAAGCAACCGCUGUGCCUGUGCUGCUGGACCCUCUCCAGAACUCCCGGGAGCUGAGCAACUGGGGAAAAACACAAUGGAGGCCCUCAGACCCUUCCUGUGUCAUGGCAACCAGUCCGAGUGGGACUUGGUCAGCAUUCGCUUGGCCAAACCUGAGCCAAAUUUGCUUCCCCACAUGUGGGUGGAGUCUUCAUUCCCCAAGCCUCAGCAGAACGUCUGUUCCAUUAGGACUUACAUAGAUUUUGACCUUAUGGUCUUCCAUAGCCACUUCCCGGCCUUCGAGGGAUGCAUCCGUCAUCUGAGGAUUGUGCUGUUGGGCAAUACUGGAUCAGGAAAAAGCUCGUCAGGAAACACCAUUGUGAAUAAAGACAUUUUUGAUGUGAAACACUCUUCGGGAUCAGUUACCGAAAACUGUAAAAAAGAACAAGCAAAUAUGGAUGGAUGCACUGUAUCAGUUAUUGACUGUCCAGGUCUGUUUGACACUCGAGAUAAGGGUAAUGAGAUGGUGAAGAGCAUAACAGGGCAAUGUAUGCGCCUGACUUAUCCUGGGCCUCAUGCAUUUCUGCUGGUGAUGAAACUGGGUGUGAAAUUCACAGAGGAGGAGAAGAAUGUAAUGAAAUGGAUCCAGGAAAACUUUGGAGAAGAUGCCAUUAACUACACCAUAAUUCUGUUCACUCAUGCUGAUGUGCUAAAGGGAAAGCCUGUAGAGACAUAUAUCAGUAAAAGCAAUGAGCUAAAACAAUUGAUCAAGACCGUUUGGGGCAGGUAUUACACAUUCAACAAUGAGAGCAGAAAUAAUCGAAAUCAAGUUACAGAGUUGCUGCAUAUUAUAAAAAAUUGUCCUUUUUAA